GGCUACUCACCUCAUUUAUAUUACACGCGCAAAUUGUUUUAUAUACAUAUAUGUAUAUUGUGAUAGGAUAAUAAAAUUCUUCAGAUAUUUUUUAUUUUAAGAUUAAUCAAGUGAAUAUAUCACUCGUUACCGUCACGUGAUCAAAGAUGUUCAAGAUAUCAGGUAACAUAGCCGACAAGAUGACAUCGAUGAAAUUAUCGGCGAGCUCGCAAUGCGUCAAAUACCUAAUGUUUAUCUUCAAUCUAUUCUUCGUGGUGACAGGAAUAAUAUUGUUAAGUUUAGGUUUGACUAUUCAUGGGAUCUAUUUCAACUACAAUCACUUCCUUGACAAUAAAUUUUUGUCAGUUCCAUCGUUGAUGAUAGCGAUUGGUAUUAUCAUCUUCUUCAUUGCUUUCUUUGGAUGUUGUGGCGCCGUACGAGAGAAUUAUUGUAUGCUAAUUACCUUUACAACUCUCUUAAUAUUCAUUUUUAUAUUCGAAUUCUCUGGUGGUAUUGCUGGUUACGUUUUAAGAUCACAAGCAGGCGAAAUUAUAGAAAAGAAGAUGCAGGAAAGUAUACCGAAAUAUAACACAAGUAAUGAGAUUGCUGGAUUUUGGGACGAUAUACAAAUUCAAUUCCAAUGUUGCGGUGUUAAGAAUAUGUCCGAUUGGAAUAUUAGAUUUAAUAACAGUGAUCUUCCGAUGUCUUGUUGCCAUUUUCAACAAGGUAAAAUCGGUAUCAGCAUUUGUAACACCACGCAACCGAAUGUUUAUACCGAUGGAUGUCUAUUGAAGUUUGAACAAUACAUUAAGUCACACGCUGUGCAGCUAGGUGGUGUCGGCCUUGGUAUCGCGGCCAUUCAGUUGACGGGUGUGAUGAUAAUAUCGGUUGGCUCUACAAUCUAUGCCGUUUAUGAAGAUUUCUCCCAUUUCUUGGAUACCAGAUAUUUCUCACCAGCCACGCUCUUGAUCAUAGUUGGUAUAUUAGUUUUUAUAAUUGCCUUCUUUGGAUGUUGCGGUGCUCUUCGAGAAAGUACUUGCAUGGUUCUUGUGUUUGCAGUUUCUUUAUCCGUUGUCUUAAUAAUGGAAUUGUCUGCGGCGACUGCAGCAUAUGCAUUACAGGACACCGUAAAAGAUCUUUUGGAAUAUAAUAUCAACAGUACGAUGCACGAAUACGAUAAUAAUGACGAAGUUAAAAGUGCAGUUAAUUUCAUGCAGUCCAGGUUACAUUGCUGUGGUUAUAGUAAUAUGUCCAACUGGAAUGACAUUAAAUUUACACCAGAAAACAAUCUUGAAAUACCUAAUUCCUGCUGCGAUAUACUACAAAUAGAGAAUAAUUCCACUAUUUGUACCUAUCCCUAUGAAAUAGGCUGCAUGAACAGACUUUCCAUUAUAAUUCAUCGCAGUGCACUUUACAUUGCUACAGGAGCUGUGGCUAUUGCUCUUAUUCAGUUGACUGGUAUAGUAUUCGCAUGUAUGUUGGGCAGAGCUAUCAGACGACAGAAGACAGAAAGAGAAAGGCGUAAAUGGGAAUUGAGAGAAAAUAUCGUGAAUGGUUAUCAACCACUUGGAAAAACAGAUCCAUUGACAAUUUUCCCUGUUUUAUACAUGCAGUCUUCGGACUAUCCAUUGAAAGGGCGUACAACCUGCUAGUCCUAUAAUUUCCAUUCGAUAUGAAAGAUGUGAAAUAUGUUAUUUUUGUGCCAUUGCAAAGGUAUAUCAAAAGGACGAUCCUUGAUGAUCGCUCCUCGAUUUUAUCCUACAAAAUAAAGAAGUCAGUAUUUUUUAUCAGUUGUCUAUUUUACAAUAAACGUUUGACUUUCUUCGUA